AUGGUCUCCACUCCGCUUAUCAAACUCUCAACGGAACCCAGUCGAUCCCAAGGCUUUCUCCAAAAAGUUGCCGAACUGCGCGCCCAGGGUGUCGGAGAACACAUCUCCCUCCCCCAACUAGUCGUCUGCGGCGACCAGUCCGCCGGGAAAAGCUCAGUACUCGAAGGUAUAACCGGAAUACCUUUCCCCCGUAACGACGGGGUAUGUACCAAAUUCGCCACGGAAAUUACACUAUCUCACAGUAAUAGUGAUAAAACGGAAAUCAAAGCUUCCAUCAUCCCUCAUAAUGGUCGAUCGGCGGACGAGAAGGCUAAAUUCGAUUCGCACAAGUGGGACUUGAAAGACUUUACUGAACUACCGAAAAUUAUCAGCCAAGUUGGCAUUAUCAUGGGGAUCCGCGGAUACGGGGACAUCGAAAGUGGUCCCGCGUUCGGAGAGGAUACGCUUAGUAUCCAGGUAUCAGGAAAUACGGGGCUUCAUUUGACAGUGGUGGAUCUUCCUGGGCUUAUAGCGGUCGCAAAUAAAGAACAAACUGAGAACGAUGUCAAGCUUGUGGAAGCUUUAGUCGAUAAAUAUAUCAAAAGCCCACGAACUAUAAUCAUCGCCAUUGUGCAGGCAACUAACGACAUUGCUAACCAGCGUAUCAUUCAAAAGGCUCAAGAAGUUGAUACCCUAGGCGAAAGAACUAUCGGUGUAAUAACUAAACCAGAUUUAAUCAAUCGCGGGACAGAAAAACGAAUUGCUUUGUUAUCGCGAAAUGAAGAUACGACGAGACUACAGCGGGGAUUUUUUAUCGUUAAAAGUCCAGCUCCCAAGGAUUUAGAUAAUGGAGAUCUUAGUGCUGCAGAACGUCGGAAACUUGAGACAGACUUUUUUGCUUCCCCGCCUUGGAAUGAGCAGCAUCUCGACCAUAGCAAAGUGGGCACUGUUCUCUUGACUACCUACCUACAGAAUGUUUUGGAUGAACAUAUUGAAAAGGAGUUGCCGAAUGUUCAAGACGAGAUACGCAAGUUACUAGAAGACACCGAGGCUAAGAUACUGGCGCUUGGUCCCGAGCGCGGUACAAUUUCCGAAAUGAGGACUUUCUUGACAACUGUCAGCCUGAAGUUCCAUGAUUUAUGUAAUCAAUCUCUGGACGGAAACUACGCAAGACACGGAGGCCUGUUUUUUCAGGAUCAAGAAAACAGGGUCAGAUCCCAGAUUCAUAUAUCAAACAAUACAUUCGCUCGUGAGAUGCGGUUGAAUGGGGCGAAAUGGAGUUCCCUUGUGGCAUUCGACGAAACUGGGACCGAAGAUAGCCAUUCCGGAAGAACAUCCACCAAAGUUGAUGUCAAUGACCUGGCGAAAUCUUGGAUUGUUGAGACUUACCGAAGAACCAGAGGAUGCGAGCUGCAAGGAACCCACAAUGCUGUACUUCUCGCCGAGCUUUUCCACCAGCAGUCCACACCAUGGUUGGGGAUCGCCCAAGCCCAUCUCCUUAAAGUCUAUCAAUGCAUCUACAAUUUUAGUAAGAAAUGCCUUGGUGAUGUGCUAAAAGACGACCAAAUCCUCCGAAAGAUGUACCCCGAAGUACACGACAGCCUCGCUAAAACUCUGGAGAAAGCAAAAGACGAGCUCAACAGGCUAUGGGGUGAUGAGCUUCGUUUUCCGAUGACAUACAAUCAUUAUUACUCUGAUAAUAUCCAAAAGGCCCGGAGAGAUGGCUUAAGUGAUUUGGUUAUAAAUACUGUGAGAGGUGUUACAGAAGCAGAAUUAGGAUCUAGAGUAAAAGAUAGAUAUAUCUAUGAGGCAAGUUUACAGCACAGCCUCUGCUCAGCAAAAAUUGUUGUAGAUAUGGAGGCACAGGCAUGUAAUGAAGCUACAGAAUCUCUCAGGUCGUACUACAAGGUUGCGAUGAAAACCUUCAUCGAUAAUGUGUGCCGCCAGGUAAUUGAACGUCACAUUGUGGCCGACCUCUCAAAAGUCCUUUCGCCAGUGAACAUAACCAUGUUCUCAGACGAAAAGGUUAUGCGUUUAGUUUCAGAAUCUGAGCAUAGCCAGAAAAGAAGAGUUGAACUUAGGGCGUUAAAAGAAAAAUUAGAAUCGGGCCUGAUGGCUCUCAUGUAG